GCAAUGCCCACAUGGAACCACUGAUGCGGCCAUUUUUGUGCAUGACAGCACUGACACCACACCAGCAGUCAGCCCUGAACAAACUCCCAAAAGCGCCGAGAUUUGCUCUUUGACUUUUUGCAACUAAGUUUUAACAUUGCGCAAUUUAUUUAGGACUUUUCCCCGACCGAGCGACAGAGCAAUCAAGACCAAAACAUACGCGACUGCUCCUGAUGGAGCGCAGACACACGUCCAUGGCGCCGCCGCCUGCUCGAGCGGCUGCCGGGGGGCGCGCCAGCAUCCGCCCCGGAGUAAGGAAUACGGCUGCCGCUUCGAGAGCCGGAGCCACACGCCAGCCGCUGGGCGCAUCGCGGCUAGCACGAGCCCCGUCGCCAGCAGAGUCGCUCGUGUCGGUAGCCACCGCAACCACGGCCGGCGCCAAGCGCAAGGAACGCGACUUCGACCCCGACGACGGCGAGGCUACGAACAUUAACGUCGUCGUGCGAUGCCGCGGUCGCAACGAGCGGGAGGUCAAGGAGAACAGCGCCGUCGUGGUGCGCACCGAGGCCACCAAGGGCAAGCUGGUCGACUUGUCCAUGGGGCCCAACGCCGUCAGCAACAAGACGUACACCUUCGACCACGUCUUCUCCCAGGCCGCCGACCAGAGCAUGAUAUUCGAGGACGUGGUGAGGCCCGUGCUGGACGAGAUGCUGGCUGGUUACAACUGCACCAUCUUCGCCUACGGGCAAACCGGCACGGGCAAGACAUACACUAUGUCGGGUGACCUGACCGAGACGAUGGGAAUGCUGUCCGAUAAUGCCGGCAUCAUCCCUCGCGUGCUGCAGGCGCUGUUCAACAAGCUCGAACUCGACGAAAAGGAGAAUUCGGUGCGCUGCUCCUUCAUCGAGCUGUACAACGAGGAGCUACGAGACUUGCUCGCUGCCGACGAGAACACGAAGCUGAAGAUCUUCGAUGACACGUCACGAAAGGGCCACGCCACCACGGUCGUGCAAGGCAUGGAAGAGCGGUACAUCCAGAAUGCCAGCGAAGGCCUCCGAUGGCUCAGGGAAGGCAGCGUGAAGCGCCAGGUGGCGGCCACAAAAUGCAACGACCUGAGCAGCAGAAGCCACACGGUUUUCACCAUUACAGUGUACACGAAGCACAAGACGGAAAACGGCGAGGACUUCCUCAUGUUGGGGAAGCUGAAUCUGGUCGAUCUUGCCGGCAGCGAAAACAUCCAGCGGUCGGGGGCGGAGAACAAGCGGGCCGCCGAGGCCGGGUUGAUCAACAAGAGCUUGCUCACCCUCGGGCGGGUCAUCAACGCGCUGGUUGACCGCAGUGCUCACAUUCCCUACAGAGAGUCCAAACUUACUCGGUUGCUGCAAGACUCGCUGGGCGGGCGGACAAAGACGUGCAUAAUCGCCACUAUAUCCCCCGCCAAGAGCAAUCUGGAGGAGACCAUCUCGACGCUGGAUUACGCUUUCCGGGCCAAGAACAUCCGCAACAAGCCGCAGCUGAACGCGCUGACGAGCAAGAAAAUGCUGCUGCGGGACUUCACUAUCGAGAUCGAGCGCCUCAAGGCCGAGCUGAUCGCCACCCGCCAGCGCAACGGCGUGUACCUGUCGAACGACAUGUACGAGGAGCUCACGGUGCAGAACGAGUCCCGCCGCAUCUUGACGGAGGAACAGGCGGCCAAGAUUGAGACUCUCGAGACGAACCUCAGGAACAAGGUACAGGAACUCUUGUCUCUGACGUCGAAUUUCAUGGGUCUCAAGAAGGAGCACGAAGGGACGCUGGCCCAGUUCGAAGAGACCAAGGAGCUGCUGGACCAGACCGAGAUCGUGCUGGCGGCGACCAAGAAGUCUCUCGCCGAGGAAACCCACCUCCGGAAGGCUCACCAGGCGACCGAAGAGGCGCUUGCGGCCGUCGGCGGCGACCUGCUCAGCACGCUCGAGAGGACGGUCUGCGACAUCGACGGCCUCCACUCGAAGAACAGACGCAGGUCCGAGCUGCACAACCUCAACCGGAGCACGUGGAAUAUGUCGCAGGCACACGUGGCAGACAUCACGGAGCUCGUCGAGGACCGCAUCGCCGAGUUCCGCCAGGACCAGGAAGAGCGCAUCUCCAGCAUCGCGCAACGCAUGCAGACGUUCGUCAAGGAAGAACUCGAAAAAAUGUCCUCGACGCAGAUCUUUCUCGACGAGAACUUGGCGCAGUUUGCCGAGUCGAGGACGCAGCUGUUGGGCCAGCAGGAACGGUCCAAGGAGGAGAUGGACGGCGUGCUGGAAGAAAUCAGGGUUGUUCGGGACAACGUGAAACAGCGCGUCGGGGAGAGCCUCCAGGCCAUUGCCGCGGCCGCCGAGCGGAUCGCGGGCGACGUGCUCGGCGAGCUGAACACGUUCCACAGCCAGCUCCACCUGUCGUACAACUCGCUAGGGAAGGACUUCAAGUCCCUCUUUGAGGAGCUGCUGCGACACAUCCGCGCUCAGAAGGCGGAAUCCGAUAGGCUCAGGGCCGAGCUCGAGGAGGCGGCGAAGGCCAUGGUGGAAUCGAACCAGUCGGUCUCUGCGAGAAUACAGGAGGUGCUGGACGAAGAGCGGGCGCAGGCGGCAACAGAGCGGCAAGCCUUGCUUUCGCAGAUAACGAGGCUGAUCAACUCGCAGGCCGAGCUUCAAGAGUCCCGGCUGGCCGACAAGGCCGCGCUUCUGCAAGAGACCAUGGCCGAUUCGAGCAAGAUGUUCGAGGGCAGCGUGGCCGAGUACUCCGCGGGCAUGGACGCAUGGGGCGAAAGAGACGAGAAGCUGCUGGAGGAGGUGGCCAGCUCCAAGGAUACGCUGAAGACCAAGCUCAAGGACGACUGGACGGCCGCAAACAAGCACAGCACUGCGAUCCAGACAGCCACAAAAUCGGUGCACGCGGAGACGGUGCGGGUGGUGGAGGAGCAGAUACAGGAUCUCGACGUCCAGAUGCAGGAUCUCGACGAGUUUGUCGCGCGGGCCAAGUCGCACAACGCCGGCCACCACGAGCGGCAUGCCGAGUCGGUGCAGAAGCUCAGCACCACGGUAAAGCGGUCCUUCGCCAACAUCUCGGACCACUUCAAGGAGACGUUUGGCAGAGUGCAAGCGCUCGGCGCCGAGAUGGACGCCGACGCGGACGCGCUGCGGGACGCGCUGGCGCCCCUCGACGAGAAGGUCUGCCAGCCGCUGGCCGAGCUGCGCGAGGAUGUCCAGAACACGCAGCUGCGCGAGUACGUGCCGACCGGCCAGACCCCGGAGAAGGUGCACUACCAGUACCCGACCGAGCUGCCGCGCACCGCGGCCCACGCGGACCUGCUUGCGUCGAUGCAGGAUUCGGAGCCCGAUCACGAUCCGGCCCCGGCCCCGGCGCUUUCCCCAACGCCGUGCAGGCCCGCCGGCCCCGUCGUCCUGCCCGACAUCGAUAUGACGCCCGUCCGCUCCCCGUCCCGUCCGGCCAGCACCGACAGCCAGCACCACCAGCAGCAGCAGUCGGGAGGGGACGGCAGCGUCGGCAGCGGCAGCAGCAAAAGCCGGCUCAGCAUGAGCCUGCGCGAGGUCAACCCCAACCUGACGGCCGGAUCGCUGGUGUUUGACGCAGCAGCAGCAGCAGCAGCCGCCGCGGCAGGGGCGGGGACAGCGAGGGGCAGCCUCCCCGGGGGCGGCCCGUUGCCGUCGUCGGCGGCGGCAGCAGCAGCAACGGGCGAGACGACGGUGCCGCUGGCGAAGAACACGCGCACGCGGGGGGCCUCGCGGCUGUCUAAGAAGGUUGUCGGCGCCAUCGCGGACGGGCCGGAGAAUGUGCCGCCCCCGCUGCGUAGUUCGACUAGGAGGAAGAGUCCUCGGCUGCACUAGGUUCUUUUCUUGUACCUGGUUUUCCACGGUUGCACUAGGUUCUUCUUUGUGCGUGGGUUUUGUGGAGGCAUGGAGAGUCGUUCGCUGGUUGUGUGAAGGGGAGGAAGCAGGGUUGUCGUUUGGCUCUCGUUUUUGUUGUUGGAGUUCAAGUUUGUUGUUUAGACGGCGGCUUUUGCGCUCCUGGAGUUGGGUUCUUGAAAUGGAAGCUGGUUGGGUGUCGUCGGUUAUUACACUGCUUACUGGGGAGGCAGGGCUGGGGUGGUUUUGUGGUGGGUGAUAGGGAACGGAGGCAGCUUGUUCUAGGCUUGUAGGGUUACUGAGCACCGAUACCCUUACGGUUCGAGUUGGGAAUUCAGUUUAAUUUCUGCGCAGUGUGAUCAAUGCGUGACAAG